AAAUGUGACGGCAACCAUCCCGUUUGUCGUCAAUGCGUCCGCUUCAGCAGGGAGAACGAAUGUGUUUUUGUUCCGGGGCCGGCACCCUCGAAUUCUCGCAUGCUUGAGCAAGAAAUCAAACGUCUCGAGAGCCAGAUCCGCGACCUCGAGCUGCGCGGGGUUAGGUUGCCAGAAGUGUUAUCAUCUCCCUCCAUGUUUCCCGCCAGUUGGUGGGAACCUGCCGACCCGCCGCGCAACGUUGCCCAGACUUUAAUUUUAGCCUUCUUACCUCAUGCUUCGAAGUUUGGGUUCUUCUUAGACAAGCCAAGAUUCGUUCGAAGCGUCACCGGUAGCGCGAACACCGGAGAUCGUAUCCCCGCGGUGCUUCGCUAUGUCGUAUACUUGUGGGGCAUCCAUAUCAUUCGCCAGGUCGACUACGAAGACGCGUUCCUCCAACGCACGCUACGGUCCCUUCAGCAGGAACUGUCCAAUCAGACCGACAUUGUGCAUGCCCUGCAGGCGGAAAUUCUCUUGGCUUAUUACUUCUUCGACUGCGACAGGCUCCUCGAAGGCCAGCAACACGUGAGCGGAGCCUUGUCGCUGGCCCGUUCGUGUAAGCUACACAAGUUUGGACCUGGGCGCCAUGCGUCCAAUGCGCUUCUCCCGCCGCCUCUCGACUCCACCGAUGAACAGAUGCGGGUUAACGCAUGGUGGCAGUUGUUUGCCCUAGAGAAGUCUUGGACGACUGCGCUGGACACGCUUUCGCUGAUUACAGAGCGUGAGCCUGAAAAUGUCAUUGACACUCCCUGGCCCCGCGAUCCGGUGAGCUAUGCACUUCGUCAUCAAGCCGAGAGCUUCGGAAUGACUUACCCUCCGGGAAGCAAGGCGCCCAGUCAUCUUAUGGACGAUCUGUACAGCUGUUCUUGGCUGAUCCCAGAAGCGACCGGACGAACCAGCCUCUUGCCUUAUAUGCCAAGGCGGCCGUGCUAUACGAAAGGGCUGCUCAUGUAG